CCCGUCUGAGCAAAAGCACAGCGCAAAAGCACAUGUGAGAACAUGUCGAACAAUGCUGCGACACCCACGCGGGGAGGCCUGUCGCUCUAUGCGAACCUUCUCGACCCGAAUAAUGCUGGUCCUGGCACUAUCUCCAGUGCGCCGGUCUCCUACAAGCCGGCCGAAAGCUCUCCCGAACAGGAUGAGGCUGUCAAGAGACAGCAAGCACUCGCUGCCUCCCUGAGAUUCCAGCCUACCAAGAGACCCCAGAUCGCUGCUCAAAGAGCAAAAGCAAAAGCCAUCGCCAGUAAAUUCGCCCUCCCACCAACUGCCAGUCCUACAGCCCCCACAGUCGAAGGCGGCGCCCGGAGUCCUGCCACAGAAACUUCUGUACCUCAACCUCCUGCACCCAAGACCACCAUUGCGGACUGGACAGCCACGGCGUCCGAUGACGAUGAUGUGAAUAAUUUCUACACCGGGAAGCGUCAACGCGGAGGCCGGAAGAAACGCAAGAAGAACAAGGCAGCGGCCGAAGUGACUCAAAACUGGGAUGACAUCUACGACCCGAGCAGACCAAACAACUAUGAAGAAUAUAAACACAGUGAGGAGAAGAUCCGCGAGGUCAGGGAGUGGAAGGACCUUCUUUACAGACAUCGCAUGAGGCAGAGGAGUUAUAGUGAAUCGGAAGAUGACGACUACCGUCGUCCCAUGAACAAACAAUUUGCACCGCCUCCCAUGUCCUUUGCCCCUCCACCCAAUCUCAAUGACGAAAGCCCUCCUCCACCGCCACCCCCUGCUGAUAUUCCAGAUGAUGCAACUGGUGAGGACGCAUACUUGAGACGCUUGCGCAUGAGUCAGGGCCAGCAAAGUCAGCCGGCUGUUCCAUCGCCCCCGGCAGAAAUCCCACCGUCGGCUCAGAUCACGAGGGCACCAGUACGGUAUAACUUACCCGCAGCACCGGAAGAUAUCCAAGCAUCCGAACCAGGCCUGGAAGAUGAUCUUGCAGCACCCGGGGCUGGUGAGAAUGAAAAUGGUGACGCCGAUGAAGCACGAUCCAAACGUCCUGGUCAAGUGGGAUUUGCUGAACGGCUAAUGGCGAAAUAUGGUUGGAGCAAGGGUCAAGGCCUUGGAGCUCACGGCACUGGGAUCAUCAACCCCUUAUACGCCAAGGCUGACAAACGGAAGAAGAAGUCCGACGCAGAAGGUGGUGGCUUCGCCGCACCAGCAGGGACUGGUAAGAUUCUUGGUGGUAACAAAUCCAAGACUGCUCGUGCGGAGGAAGAAGGCAAGUUCGGGGCAAUGUCUGAGGUGAUUCGGCUCGAGGGCAUGUUGAACGGCCUAGAUCUUGACGACGAGCUCACGCAGGGAGAGGGCGGGCUUAUGCAAGAAAUUGGAGAGGAAUGUGGAGACAAGUACGGCAGUGUCGAGAGAGUCUACAUCCACCGGCCAGAAAAUGAAGAGGACGAAGCAUUGGUGUUUGUACAGUUCGUGAGCCAGCUCAGCGCUUUGCGGGCAGUCAAUGCGUUGGAAGGGAGGAUCUUCAACGGCAAUCCCAUCAAGGCGAGAUUCUGGCCCAAGGAGAAAUUCGACAAAGCCGAAUAUGUCUGAGGACACAGGGUCCAUGUACUGCAGGGGAUGGUUGUCUGUGAUGGGAUACCGACUCAAGCCACUGGGUAGCCUCUGGACGCAGGGCCAUUGACCAUGUUUGAUAGCGAAUCUGCGAGGCGUAGCCGCAGUACGGAGCCAAGGCUGAUGUGUAGGUAGCAUUGAUUGGUCUGAGCAUUGGACAUAGAGCCAGACGCGGUCAGGGGCCACGGGGGCGCGAAGAGCCAAUUGCAUCAUCGCUGAAUUGGUCCCUGCCUGCCUGUAAACCACCCCUACAAUCAGAAACCAGUU